CUCAACGUUAAUGAGCGUUAAUUCUAAAUGGGUACAAGAAAAAGGCUUUUUUGAUCAAAGGUCGGUACUCUUUCGGCUCCGCUUGAUUUUAUGCAUGAUUAGGAAAGGUGCCCCUGGCUUCCAUUUCCAUGCUCAUAAACUGUCAAAAAGCGAAAAACAAAUGUUGAAGAUUUGCGCAGAUCCCUUACAUCAUAACUAUGUAUUAAGUAUAAAACAACGACUAGGGAUCCGUUGUACAGGUGUUUUUGCGACGCAAAGGUAUUGGUACUCAACGAAACAAGGUAACUCAGAAACUUUGUAAUAUCGAAAUCUUUAACUUACUGAAAUGCGUGGUAUUGGCACAGAUUUCGAAAUUAGAUCCAAUGCAACUGUAAUCAAUGGUCAAGAAAUACCUACAGAUAGCUGGACAAAUGUAACUCCUACAGUACUUGCUAAAAUCAACCGCAAACUGCAUCUUCAGCCACAAAACCCAAUAUCUAUUAUCCGUCAAUUGAUUGAGUCGAACUUUCAAAAUUUCAAAACUUUCAACACAUACAGCCCCAUAGUAACCACCAAGCAGAAUUUUGAUGAUUUAUAUAUUCCUAAAGAACAUCCCAGCCGUACAAAAUCAGAUAAUUAUUAUUUCAACAAAGAUACUGUGCUUCGUGCUCACACAUCAGCACAUCAACUGCAGGGACUAGCCUCCGGCGAGAACAAAUUUUUGAUUAGUGGUGAUGUUUAUCGGCGUGACGAGAUUGAUUCUUCUCAUUACCCUGUCUUUCAUCAAAUAGAAGGUGUUUUUUAUACCGACAACAAUGUGGCACAAUUAAAUGCAGAACUCGAAAGCAUUCGUAACGAAAAGACGUCCAACAUAGAACUCGUUGAUAAUACGAUAAUUAAACCAGAUAAUCCUUACCAAGAUUGCCAUUCUCCUGAAGCAGUAGAUCUAAUUUCAGCACACUUAAAGCACUCAAUUAAUUUUAUGAUCCGGAAUUUAUUUGCUGAAGAAAAAGACUUAAAGGUUCGAUGGAUAGAUGCCUAUUUCCCUUUCACGAGUCCAAGUUGGGAAGUCGAGAUUUAUUAUGAAGGCAAAUGGCUUGAGGUUCUAGGAUGUGGUGUCGUAAAUCAAAGAAUUCUGAAUCAGGCUGGGCUUCACAAUAAAAUCGGCUGGGCAUUUGGUAUGGGACUUGAACGACUAGCAAUGGUACUUUUCGGUAUUCCAGAUAUUCGAUUGUUCUGGUCAGAAGACAAGCGUUUUCUUAAGCAGUUCACCCCAGGUAAAAUCAAUAAAUUUGUCCCUUUCUCUAAAUAUCCACCAUGCAUCAAAGACAUCUCUUUCUGGAUUCCCGACGACAAAUGGCACGGUAAUGAUUUCUGUGAAUUAGUUCGCGGUGUUGCUGGUGAUAUUGUUGAAACGGUGGAGUUGAUUGAUGAUUUUCGGAAUCCUAAAACAGGGAAGCGCAGUUUAUGCUACCGCAUCAACUAUAGAUCAAUGGACAGAAACGUCACAAAUGAAGAGAUUAAUCAAAUUCAAGAAAAGGUUCGCUCUGCAGUCCGAUCAGAAAUGAAUGUAGAAUUACGAUAAAAAGUACAGCUGUCAAAAAAGCCCAGUAGGGAAAGCCGUACCUGAAUUUUUAACAACUGUAAUUUGAUUGGCCAAAUUAAUAUAUGGUACCUCAAAGCAUGUCGAGGAGUAGAAUGAUCAACACAUUAAAAAUCACAUGCGACACCCAAGCCUUUUUCUCACCAUCUUUAUUUGAAGGCCUUUCUUUUCUUUUUUCCUUUUGGC